GUGGCGGUAGACAAAGGAGCAGACACCCCAAUAAUGAAUAAAAAAAGGAGGUGGAUGUGGCUCAACACCUUCUGAUGCGUUUGAAUGAACGUGCUGAGCUGUGAGCUGUGAGCUGUGAGCUGUGAGCCGAGGCUCUGUGGUGCUGAAAGGACAGCUCCUCUCCUCUGACUACUGCAGAUAUGUUCACCAGGAUGUUAAAACUGAGGCUCCUCAAUGCUGUAGCACCUGCCUACUUCUUCAUGGCUACAGUAGUCACCUUCAUCUUUCACUUCUGCUUCUUCAUCCCAACAAUCUUCCCAAACCCGGAUACAUCACUGAGUGGGUCCACAACUCUUCACACAGUUGUCUUCCUUUUCCUGAUGUUCAACGCACUGGGAAAUUACAUAAUGACUAUUAAAUAUCCGGCUGAAAGCGCCAACGAGACUGUGGUUCCAGUGUGUUCGGCCCACUGCUCGGACAAAGUGGACGCACACUACCUCCUGAACAAUCGCCACUUCUGCAAACUGUGUAAGAAAGUUAUCCUCAAGAGGGACCACCACUGCUUUUUCACUGGAAACUGCAUUGGCAACAAAAACAUGCGUUACUUCAUCAUGUUCUGCAUCUACACAUCGUGCACCUGUUUGUACUCUUUGGUUCUUGGUGUGGCCUUUCUAACGGUGGAGUACUCCAUCUCUUUUGAGAACCCGCUGACCUUCCUGACUCUUCUCCCCCUCUCCACUAGUUACUUCUUCACGGGAACAAUCUCAGGUUUGCAGCUGUUCCUGGUGCUGAUGCUGUAUGUGUGGCUGGGCAUCGGCCUGGUCUGUGCAGGCUUCUGUCUCCAGCAGGUGCUGCUGGUGGCCCGGGGACAGACCUGGUGUCAGAUGCAGAGGGGGCAGCUUGUGGAGAACCGCAGCCCCUGGAGAAACAACCUUAAGGAUGUGUUUGGUACCCGCUGGAUCCUUGGCCUUAUCCUGCCUGUGCAGACAGAGGAGACGUGCUCCGAAGACACGGAUGCACAAAAGCAAGACUGAGUGAUAACCACGUGUCAUAUCAAUAGCUACCAAUAGGUCACACAAGCAGCACAAGUUGUAGAAAAUGCUUUCUUGGGAUCCAUGUGGUGAUUGAUUUUAAAUAGUUAGCUGUUAGCACACAUUCCUUUAAGGACAGGAGCCAUAUAUCAAUGUGAAACCUUUUAAUAUAUAAGUGUAUCCUUUAAGUUAGUAGCUUUUGACAAGGCAAUAUUAAGACUAAUAAGUUGGUCGUUUGGGACAUCCAGCAGUUUUACAUGCGCUACUACACGCUUGCAUCAAAUUAUAAAGAUGGCUUAGUUUGCAUAGGUGCAUGCAUUCACAGCUUCGCAUUUUGGUAUCAUGCUAUUGAUUUGAACACCUGCGCCACGCGGUGCUCUGAGAUUACCAAUCAAGUGUGUUGUUCUUCCACACUUCCUUGCAGGAUGCUACAAUGUGACAUUCAGGAAACUUACGGUAGUUUUUACAACAAUAAUUUACUUUGACGUUAAGGGCUAGCAGACAAGGAAACUACAGUAUGUGACUAAACAGCAUAAACUGCCGGGCUUGAUGCCAUUGUUCUGACAAUAAACUGUCACAUGUUGAGCCUGAUUUCUCCUCAAAUGAAUGUGACUCAGACAGUACAGUGAUAUGCUCCUUUAUAAGAAUGGGUGGGGGAAAUGUGAAGAUGAUUACCAUAUUAUUAUCCAGGGUAUUAUUCACAAUGUGCCAUAAACAUGUCUUAUAUACUUACAGAUGACCCCAAAGAGGAGGUAUUCACUACACUGCGAUAACAAUAGGGCCCUCUGUAUAACAAUAGUAAGGACUUUUCACUGUUAUGCUGCUGCUACAGCUACUGACAUAUUCAACAUCGUGUCAAAGAUGUUUUGGAUUUCAAUAAAUAUACUUUUUAGA